AUGACCUCUAAAAAAAACAAAAUUUCUCCUUUUGUUCUUGCUAGCGAAAUAAAUCCUGCUAAUGAUCAAUACAAGAUCAAAGUGCGUGUUAUGCGGAUUUGGAAAUCGUUCAAGACUCUAGAGAUGGUUCUAAUUGAUACAGAGGGAACAAGGAUCCAUGCAUCUAUUGAGGAGUCUUUGGUAAAAACAUUCCAGCACAAGUUUGCUGUUGGUGAUGCGAAAAUAAUAGACACAUUCGGUUUAGUUGAUUAUGAUGAUGUAAUUGGCCAGAUUGUUAACGUCGACUCUCUUGAGAACAUCAAAACUAAAGGGAAGGACAAUGUGAAAUUAAGUUUCGAAUUGCAAGAUCUAACGUACGACGUCGUCGACUUUGUCCAGAUUAAUGCUGAACCCAAAAAUGAACAGCCAAAAGUUACACUAUAUGAAGAGUUCUUCGUACUCAAUGAAAAGAUGACAAUAGACGACAUUCUUUAUGCACUAGAGGUGCAUACAUGUGUUACGAUCGCAAAAAUUAUCUCCGUAAAGACAUUGCCUAGAUGGUACUACCUUGCUUGCAAACUCUAUUCUCAAGUCGGAAAAGAACGAUUAUACAGUUGUGGUGUUUGCGACAAGGAUGUUACAGAUUUGGUCUUACAUGUCUCAUAUGGAAGUUCGCCACAUAUUAGGCUACUUUUCUUUGACGGUUUGGCUCAACUUCUCAUUGGAAAGAAGGCUGAUGAAUUGGUUGCAACGAUAGCUGAGGAUGAUCCUUCAAUUAUUCCCAAUGCUAUUUCUUCGUUUAUUGGAAAAACUAUGUUGUUUAAGGUUACGAUCGAGAGCUAUGCAAAUGCCGAUGUCAACCCUCGAGUUCUUGAAAUAACAGAUGGAAAUGACGAGAGUUCUUCAUUUGAAUCGGCUUCAUCUCCGUCGAAGAGAAGAACUUCCCGAAAGAGUGGCGACUCCGCGAAUAGUCAUAAUAUGAUUACAAGGAAAAAAAUCAAAACUGAGAAAAUAGCUUAA